AUGUUCCUGGAGACGCCCGAGGAUGCACAGCCCGGGGAUGCUGCGGCCGAGGACGUCGGUGUCCCGGCGGCACCUGUACCCAAGGUCGCUGAAGAAGGCGAUGCAGUCGCCGUAUUUGCCGUUGAAUAUGACCGAGCCCUGCCCCAUCAGUAUUAUCUUGUCGAAGAACUCCAGCAUCUUGGAGGAUGGCUGGUGGAUGGUCACCAGCACCGACUUGGCAAGCAUCUUCAGCUUGCACAGAGUCUCGAGGAUGUUCAAGGCGUUGAACGAGUCCAGGCCGCUGGUCGGCUCGCCCAGGAACAGCACAGACGGGUUGUUCAGCAGCUCAACCCCAAUACUCAGCUGAUUUAG